UAUUCCAACAUAGAUCCUUUUUUUUUUGGUCGAAUUCCAACGUAAAUCUUACAUACCCUAAUAAUUGUGAUAGUAUCUAAGCCGUAGAUUCGGUUCAUGUAAGUAUUUUUUCCUAAUGUGACGGUAGUAUCUAAUUUGUAGAUACGGUGACGUGGUGGGCGGCGAACCAAGCAGAGUGCCACGUGGGAUCAGUGGAGCACGAAAAUUUAGGCAGGUGGGGGCCCACAGGAAGCCACUAGAGUGUGGAGCCCACAGGGGCGCUGCGAAUACGCUCUAUCACUGUAGACCCGAGAAGACCAGAAUCCACAUGCUCCUUGAACUCAGUAAACUAUUGAGACUGAAACAAGCUUUGGUCUCCCCUCUCUCUCUCUCCGACCACAGCGCAUAAUCAAAUUCACCAAAACCCAGAAAGAAAAAUCCAAAAGGCAAAGAAAAAAAUUUAAAAAAAGAAAAAAAAAAAAAAAGCCAUCUUCAUCCUUGAGAUCUCUGUGACCAGUCAGCAGUCAGUACCCUCCAAAACCCUAAACUUUCCUAACAAUGGGCUCCAUUGUCUCCCCUCAAGACUUCCCUUCCUCUGACCAGAAUUCUCCCCCCAACCUCGCCGCCGCCGCUGUCGAGGCUCCGCCACCGAAGCCCCACCGGCAGGUGGCCCUCUCCCGGAAAAGCACAGCCGCUCCUGCCAGGGACCGGCACACCAAGGUGAACGGCCGGGGGCGCCGGAUACGGAUCCCGGCGCUCUGCGCGGCCCGGAUCUUCCAGCUGACCCGGGAGCUCGGCCACCGCUCCGACGGCGAGACCAUCGAGUGGCUCCUCCGCUGUGCCGAGCCCUCCAUCAUCGCGGCCACCGGCUACGGCAGCAUCCCCGCGGACCCCAUCACCACCACCGUGGGGGCGCUCCCUCCGUCCUCCACGCCCGCAUCAGCCCCGUGCCCGGCCCAGCCGCUGGCGCUGGCUCCCCCGGCGGCCGGCCACGGGGCGUUCCCGAUCUCGCCGCCGCCGGACUGCCGGCUGGACCUGAGCCAGCCGAACGGGUUCGACUUCGGCGGGGGCUGCGCGACCAACGGGUACCGCCAUAUGCCCUUCACGGCGCUGCUGCUGCAGCCGACGGCGACGGAGGAGGCGGAGGAGAGGCAGCAGAGGGAGAUUCUUGGCUGAGAGAAAGAUAAGGUCUUUGAGCUAGUGUCCUUUGGGGGGUUGGUUUUCUGGUAAAGAAUAUAUGACGUGGUAUAUGUCUCCAUCGCACUCAAUGUGUAUUUCUUCUUCUCUUUCUCAUCUUCUUCUUUUGUUUUUUCCAUAGUUUAUGGAGACAGGGCGCUUAAAUUAGAGCAUGAAGAAGAUGCACAAUGUUAGGAGUUGAAUCGUUAAAUGUAUUAAUUGAAAAGGAAAUUUGAGAAAUGUGGGGACCUUCGUUUGAUA